AUGGACGACGACGACCGCUCCACCGCAUAUCGCUCCUCGCCGCCGACACACUGGGGCCAGAGUCCACACGUCUAUCCCCAUUCUCACCACGGCACUCCCGCCCAGGAAUACACCAGCUUCAACUUCGCCUCGCCACACAUCCCCAUGGAGCCCAGCGUGUUCAGCGGCGGCGCCAGCAGCACCAUCCAACAGCGUCCGGUCCAUCAGCAAUUGCAGCCCCUGGUCAUGCCGCAAUGGCCCUCGAUGCUGAACAGCCACUCCCAUUCCACCUACCAGCCGAUGUUUCCUCAGCCGGUCCAACCCAUCCAGCCCAUGUCUAUUGCCCCGCUACACACGCCCGUGUCGGCAACCUCGACGAGAUCAACCUCUACUCCGCGCAAGACAUUGACCGACCUGGACCGGAAGCGGAUGUGCCAGUAUGCUGAAGAGCAUCCUAACAGCAAGCAGACUGAGAUUGGAGGUGAGCAUCGACCCCUCGUCCAACUUGAUCCGAGGACGCUGACACCGGUACAGCGAUAUUUGGCGUAGAGCGAAGGUAUGGCAAGAUUCAUUUCAAUCUAUGGGUCUUCUAACACUAGACAGCACCGUCUCCAAAGUUCUACGGCAGAAAGAGAAAUACCUCUUCCAGGACGAUGGCAGCCGAUCUCCCAUCAAGCGCGCAAAAGGCCGUUCUCCCGACAUCGAGCGAGCACUCGCUGUGUGGGCUAAGAACCAGGUAAGCAAUGACAGGGCCGUCGACCGUCCUAAUCGCUCGCAAUUCUUACGUUACGGCAGGAGAAGAAAGGCAAUCCUCUGAACGACGAGCUCAUCCGCGAGAAAGCGCGCGCAUUUGCGGCUACAACUUCGGGACCGGAGAACAGUGUCACUCUCAGUUCCAGCUGGAUUGAGAAGUUCAAAUUGAAGAACAACCUCAUGGGAGCUCGAUCGCGGAAGACUUCGCUUGCUCCGGACGACGCAGACGGUGCAUCGGCCGCCGCAUCAUCAUCCCACACCCCCGGAGAUGCUUCUCCCAUAUCACCAUCGGGCAUAGGAUCUUCCUCUCCACUGGAGUUGCAUACACAACUGAGCCAUGAAAGCUUGAAGAACGAGAGCCCGGACAGCUACUUGGAUUUCGCCGGCAGGCACGAGCCUUUCCACUCGCAGAGUACCACCUCCCUGAAUAGCGCGUUCACAGACACCGCGCCUUCCUCUUCCUUCUCUCCCGGCCCUCUGAGUCCGACUUCGCCUUUCUUCACACCCGACUCCGGGACAGCGCCCUCACCGUUCGUACCGGGUCCACAUCCUACGGCGCGGCCUAUCCUACCAUCGUCAAUGAGCAGCAACAGCCCACGACCGCGAAGUCAAACUUUCCCGCUUCUCGAUCAGUACAUGACUUCUUCAGGGGAACCAGCUACGCCCAAAUACAACAACGGCGCGGCGCUGGACUCGCCCAUGGAAGAAUCGACAGAUCCGCUCCUUAGUUUGGAUGAAGCUUUACAGCCGGAAGAUAGGCCACCCACCGUGACACCUUCCGAAACUAUGCGGCCCCCGCCCCAACCCGCCCACGUCCUACAGCAGGACAUGAAGCGCGAGGCAUCGCAGGUGGCAGCCGUCACGAGCCCGGAAGAGGCAAGAAGAGCACUGCAGGUAGUGCUAAGCUUCUUCGAGCAACAACCACACGGCUUCCUGGAUCUGCAGGAGAGCGUGACCAUCGGAAAACUGAUGGAGAAGCUCAAACUGCAUUCCAGAGGGAGCAGCUAA